AUGACUGUCUUCCCGUCAGCUCGCGCCUCCCAUUCCCUGUGCUGCCGAACCUGCAUGCCCAGGCCCGAAGUACCUUCCAGAGAAUGGGUGCGGGAGGCGCGAAGCGAUGAGUUCCGGCGUGUGGCUGGGCUCUGUGCCGAUGCCUUUGUGGAGGUACCAACAUCGCGGGCAUCCGCCACUUCCACAUCUUCCACUACGCGGUCGCUCAGGCGCGCUCAGCGAGCGGUUCUGGCAGCGGUCAUGGAGGUGUCGCUGGUGCAGCGGGCCAUUGUUGCGGCAUUCUUCCAGGGCCGGGCGGAGCGUUUGCGGGAGAAGCCGCCGAUGACCCAGAAAGUUCUGGUCGUCGAAUCACCCGAGGGCGAGGCGCUGGUGGCCGCGUGUGAGCUGCGGCUGAGGGAGACCUCGGUGGCCUACCUGAGCUCUGUGGUGGUGGCCCCGCGCUGGCGGCGGCAAGGCCACGCGCGGCGGCUUCUCAGGUCUGCGGAGAAGGCUGCUCGCCGCUGGGGCUGCGAGGCCAUCAUCUUGGAUGCUCGCCAGGACAACGUGCCUGCGGCGCAGCUGUAUGAGUCUGCGGGCUUCCGUCCGGUGGGCUGGACCCCAGUUGCAGAGCUCGAGCUCGAGUGUCUGCUUGAUGGCAAAGGCAGCAGGCGCUGGUCCCGCUCGCUGCGCUCGAGCGCCGAUGCCGAGGCUGACGAGGAGCCAUCCAAUGUCGAGCUCGCUGUGGAGCUCACGCGACGGGUUCUCUAUCAGGUGAUCCUCGGCCUGUUCCUGGCCUUUUGCACCGGCGCCUUGUCAAGGUCCGGGCAGCUAUGCGCUGAGUUGUGA